GGGCGGGCCCUCGGAGUGGGCGGGGCGGGCUGGAAGCUUCCACGGCGCCGCGCGGCGGUUGGGCAGGGAAGCGAGCGUGCCUGGGCCGCGGCUGCCUCCGCCUCCCCGCCGUGCCGCCAUGGACUCGCGCAAGCUGAGCGAGCUGCGGGCCUUCGUCAGGCUCUGCAAGCAGAACCCGGGCCUGCUGCACACCGAGGAGCUGGCUUUCCUCCGCGAGUGGGUGGAGAGCAUGGGAGGCACAAUACCGCCUGCUCCAGCCAAUGCCUCCACAGAGGAGACAAGUAAGGGCAAAGCAGAGGAACAGCCAGAGGAGCCAGUUAAAUCACCUGAACCAGAAAGUGAAGAGAGCGACUUAGAAAUUGACAAUGAGGGAGUGAUUGAACCAGACAAUGAUGACCCUCAAGAAAUGGGAGAUGAAAAUGUGGAGGUAAGUGAAGAGAUGAUGGAUCAAGCCAAUGAGAAGAAGAUUGAAGCCAUAAAUGCUCUAAGUGAAGGUGAACUUCAGAAGGCUGUCGACUUGUUCACAGAUGCUAUCAAGCUGAAUCCUUGUUUGGCCAUCUUGUAUGCCAAGAGGGCAAGUGUUUUUGUGAAACUGCAGAAGCCAAAUGCUGCCAUUAGAGAUUGUGACAGAGCCAUCAAGAUUAAUCCUGAUUCGGCACAGACCUACAAAUGGAGAGGGAAAGCGCAUAGACUUCUGGGUCACUGGGAGGAGGCUGCUCAUGAUCUUGCAUUAGCUUGUAAACUGGAUUAUGAUGAAGAUGCUAGCGCCAUGCUGAAGGAGGUGCAACCAAGAGCUCAGAAAAUUGCAGAACAUCGCCGAAAAUAUGAGCGGAAGCGUGAAGAAAAGGAAAUCAAGGAGAGAAUGGAAAGAGUGAAGAAGGCACGGGAGGAGCAUGAGAGAGCACAAAGGGAGGAAGAAGCAAGACGACAGGCAGGAGGAGCUCAGUUUGGUGGUUUCCCAGGUGGUUUUCCAGGUGGAUUUCCUUGGGCUAUGCCUGGAGGUGCGCCAGGUCUCAAUGAGAUUCUCAGUGAUCCAGAAGUCCUUGUGGCUGUGCAGGAUCCAGAAGUUAUGAUUGCAUUCCAAGAUGUUGUCCAGAACCCAGCAAAUAUGUCCAAGUACCAGAACAAUCCCAAGGUCAUGAAUCUCAUCAGUAAAUUGUCUGCCAAAUUUGGCAGUAAACCAUAAAAUCCCUGGUUCUUAAAAAUCAUAUCUGAAUAGGAAGGAUUGGAUUUGGCUAACCAGUGUUGCAAUAAAACAAACCGUUGUACCUCUGAUCUUCUUAAGAAGAGAAAUGGGGUGUUCUAAGGAGAACUGCUCUCUAGCCCAAGCAUUGACUUUAUUCAAUGAUUGGUUUACACAACUCAAAUUAUAGUCAGAUGACCUAGUUUCAACCAUCCCUCCUUGUCCAAGAGUUGCAACCUUUUAUUAUAAGUAUUACAGACAGUUUAUUUUCAAUGAAUGCUCCUGUAAGAAAUAUAAUAUUCCAGGAGUGUAAGAUAAAAACUUGCUGUUGUAUUGUUUUUGGAUUUUUUUUAAUUACUCUCAGUGAGUAAAGAGGAAGGAACUUUAACAGUUGAAGUCUGUCUUAAUCCCCUUAGGACAGAAAAGUUGGCCUACUCACAUAUAUAGCAAAGGUGGGACAAAUCUGAAGAAUUAACUGGAUAAAGGAAUUGUCUGCAAAUACAAGUCCUUAUGUUGGGGUUUUGUUUUCGGGUUUUUUUUUUUUUUAAUGGGUGACUGACUUUAUAUAGCUAUUAAAAUUAUCAGUAUAACCAUGCUAGCUAGUUACACACUGGAACUUCUGGCAGUACUGCAAAUAAUGUAGUAUUUUGAUCUUCACAACUGUGUAGCAAAGGUACAGUCCUAUCCUUUGCACAACCUGGCAUGAAGUACAUAUUGCAGAGGCCACAGAGAUUUUUGUUACUUGUUCAAUUCUUGUCCAGCACCUUUACGUAACAUUUUAUUUAUCAGUCUGGGUAUGGGAGAGCAGCUUACUGUCUGUGCUUGUACUCUUGUCCUUUCCCAGUUGGCAAGUCCUCCGCUGGUUGCACUCGCCCUUCCUUGGGGCCAUGCUUACCAGGUUUCAUCUGUUUGGAGACUUUAGGGAAGGAGUCUUGUUCCCAUCACUACCUCUGUCCCAUUGAAUCCAAGCCAUCCAGAACAUGUAAAUGCAGAGUUAUAAAUCAGUGAAGGGGAGAAUACCCAACAAAAUUGCAGCUCUGGGUUCCGAGUCUGUCUGAGUCUUUAAUGCUUAUUGAUUAAAAUUUCUUGGCCAAUGUCCUGCUGUCUGUUUAGAAGUGAUGACUCUUCCUUCAUGGCAUACUGUAGUCUUCCAUCUUUCCUUGUAUUCUUUUCUUUUAAAAAACCAACCAAACAAAAAACAACCACCCAAAAAAAACAAAACAAAAAGCUGUUGUCAUUGUUUCUUACUUUGAUGUUUUGAGGCUUGUGGUAUGGAGGAAAAGGUGAAGUAAUUGGAGCAGACAGAACAUUCUUCUAACACUUGUGGAUUAACAGCAUGGGUAUCCUUGAAGCAGUGUCUGUGCUGAUGAUGUUCAGUUGAUUUGUUUACCAAUACAGUUGUUGCUUCUGUUUGUCUUGGCUAAAACAUUAUCUUUCUGUGGAAAAAUGACCAUAGUUACCUGUUCAUCACUUGAGUCUCAACAUUUGUGUUACUCUCUUGUAAUUCUGUAUCUUAAGCCAUAACUGAUAUUACCGUGUUUAAAUAAAUCUGGAUUGGUGUAGGAACUCAACAACAGUUGCAAAAAAAAAAAUCCCCAAAUGCUUUUUCUCAUACUAAUGACCCUGUAAAAUGAAAUGUGAAUCUUUUUGCUUAAGAAAUAUAGUUCUGAAUACUUCUCUUAGCCUUUAAAAAUAAAGUAUGGUUUUGAAAAAUAAA